UCCAACUUACAAAACUUUUUCUCAAACCACCACAAGAGAGAGAAAGAGAAUAAGAAAAUGUGUAAAGGCGUGAAUGAAGAAGAGAACAGAAGUGUCCACGGAGGUUGCCGGAGUCUCUGCACGAGACAGAAUGUUCCGGUUAGGUGUGAGCUUCGUGGCGGCGACGCCUCCGUGUUUUGCGAGGCUGACUCAGCUUUUCUCUGUAGGAAAUGCGACCGGUGGGUUCACGGAGCUAAUUUUCUUGCUUGGAGACACGUGAGACGCGUGCUAUGCACCGCAUGUUAUAAACUCACGCGCCGAUGCCUCGUCGGAGAUAACUAUCACUUUGUCUUACCGUCGGCGACGGCAGGAGAAUCCACCGUUGGGGAUAUAACGACGUUGAAUGAACAAGAUAGUAGUAAUAACGAGGUUCCGUUUUGUGUUUCUCUGAUUUAGUUUUUUUCCCUUUUUGUGUUGUAAGAUAUUAAUUCCUAGGAUUUGUAAUGCAUUUUCUAUUAGGAAAAA